ACUGGCCCGAGCGGCUCCUCCCCGCUGCCGCCUGCGGCAGUCUGCUGGCGCGGCGCGCGGGGAGAGCAGCCGGCAGCAUCAGCGCCUGGACACUGCGGCUCCCCACGUCACAUUAUCUAGGUGCAUCAAUGAGGAGUCCAGGGAUGGCUGUGUUCAAACAACAGAAGGUGGAAGAUGUUUAUGAAAUUGGGGAAGAGCUAGGAAGUGGCCAGUUUGCGAUAGUGAAGAAAUGCCAAGAGAAAAGCACUGGAGUGGAAUACGCUGCUAAAUUCAUUAAGAAGCGUCAGAGCCGGGCCAGUCGCCGGGGGGUGAGACGUGAGGAAAUCGAGCGGGAGGUGAACAUUCUGCAGCAGAUCCUGCAUGCCAACAUCAUCAAGCUGCAUGACGUCUACGAGAACAGGACAGAUGUGGUCCUUAUCCUCGAGCUAGUGUCUGGAGGAGAACUUUUUGACUUCCUGGCACAGAAAGAGUCUCUGAGUGAGGAGGAAGCAACCAGAUUCAUUAAGGAGAUUUUAGAGGGUGUUAACUACCUCCAUGCCAAGAAAAUUGCUCAUUUUGAUUUAAAGCCUGAAAACAUUAUGCUUCUAGACAAGAAUAUUCCCAUUCCACACAUAAAAGUCAUUGACUUUGGCCUCGCUCAUAAAAUAGAAGAUGGAGUUGAAUUUAAGAAUAUUUUUGGGACACCAGAGUUUGUAGCUCCAGAAAUAGUGAACUACGAACCACUUGGGCUAGCUGCAGAUAUGUGGAGCAUAGGAGUCAUCACCUACAUACUGCUCAGCGGCGCAUCCCCUUUCCUUGGAGAAACAAAGCAGGAAACUCUCGCCAACAUCACAGCAGUGAAUUACGAAUUUGAUGAGGAAUUCUUCAGUCACACCAGUGAUCUGGCAAAAGACUUUAUCCAGAAACUCCUGGUGAAAGACACGCGGAAACGGCUCACAAUUCAAGAAGCUCUCACUCAUCCUUGGAUAACGCCAAUGGACAAGCGUCAGGCCCUGGUGAGACGAGAAUCUGUCAUUAACUUGGAAAACUUCAAAAGGCAAUAUGCCAGGAGGCGAUGGAAGCUCUCUUACAGUAUUGUCUCGCUGUGCAACCACUUAUCUCGCUCACAGAUGAGAAAGGUACCACUGAUGCAGGAUGAAAGUUCGAGCAAUUGUGAAAGUGACCAGGAAGAAGAUCUUUCCCAAAGAAAUGGCACUCAUCUGAGAAAAAGCAGCAUAUUUUAGUGUAUCUAGUAUUCCACACUAGAGAGACACGUGAGGAAAACCUGAUCCUGGCUAAAAAUGCAGCCCUAACAGCAAAUCUGGUUUAUGGUCAGAUUCAGUGAUGAUGUGCUGCGCACUUUUCAAAUUACACAGAGCACCUGCAUAAUAUUCAAGAUCCACUGAAAACUUGCAAAACUGGGGAGUCCGGAUUCCCUGAGAAGUGCGGCAGCACCGACACUGUCGGAAUAAUUUUACUUGUAGAGCUUUUCAUUCUUCUGUGAAUUCAUCUGUGAACUGUGAUAUCACCUGUAUCCAGAACAUUGUUUUUACUGACAUUCUCUUAAGUGUAGUGCAAUUCACAUUCUGAGCCAUAUAUAAGAAUGUGUGAAUUAAUACCACUGGAUCAGCCUUUAUGGCAGUGAAGCUGUUAUUGCUUCUUAAGCAAACUUUUACAAAUAAUUUUUAUUGUUUUGUUAUUAGUAACACAGAUACACAUGUCUGAGAGGUGUCUGCAAUAAUACCACUAUCCUUGUCGUGAUGAAAAGUCAUCCUGUUUUUCCAUUUUAUCAUCGAAGGCGCUAGCCUGCUAGCAUGGAAAUGGUGUAAGGAGUGGACCUGAGUGGAUUUUUUUGCAGCAAACAGUAUGCAUUUUCCAACGAACUGAAACUAUUCACUGAAUCAACACAAAGGACUGAAUAGUUUCAGCAAAAAAUUUUUUUUCCAAAGACUGAGAUCCUAUUGGCAAAAGACAGGGAGAAGUCGUGGUGCCGCCACUUCCUUAUAAGCUUUAGCCUGGUGAUUAGGGCAUUCAUGCCAAACCUGGAUUCAGUUCCCCCUUCUACCUGAGAUGGAGAAAGGAUUUGAACUUGGGGCUCCCUCAAUGCAAAAAAGUACCCUAGCCACUGGGCUAUGGAAUAUUCUGAUGUGGCGCUCGCUCAGUCUCUCCUGUUGAAGCAGUUUUACAAUGUAUAAAUAAUUAAAUAGUCAUUGGAGCAGGGAUUUGAUCUGGUGUCUUCCACCUCCCAUGUGAGUGCCUCAGCCACCGGCUAUAGAGUCUGUCCCACACUCUGCCUGGACCAAUGACUAUUUGUGCUUUAUCCUACGGACCACUCUAUAAAUCUGUGAAAAUAAGCUCUAUACUGGUAUAACUGCAUCCACACUAGGGGGUUGCACUACUUUAACUAUAUUGGUCUCUAAGCCAAUAUAGUUAAAUUGGUACCAAAAGUAUGUGGAGACCAACCCUUUAUUUUGGAUUGGAUGUAGCUAAAACCACAAAGCAAACUGUUUAUUCUACAAAAUUUCACCUGAUUUGAAUGGUUUUGUAUCCCAAGCUUGAGAUUUUAACAGAUUAGAGUUGCAAGUUUGUGUUGAAACAUAACACCAGGUGAAUUUUGCCUGGCUUCAGGUUUCACUGUGAACAUUUUGCAAAGCAUUAAAAAUCAAGUUUGAGUCAUAGCUUUAUAUCCUCUUUUAAGUGGGGAUAAAAACAUGCAUAGUCAGAACCAGCAUCCAAGAAGGAAGAGGUACCAUAAGUGGAAGCAGAAAGGAAAGUGUGAGGUAAGAGACACAAUAGUAAGCAGGUGGAAAGUAAUCAGUGAGGAGGAAUGACUGAAAGGGACAGCUAGGAAGGGGGUGGAUAGAUAAAGAACUGGGGCGGUUAGAAAAGACCAGAGGAGAGAAGGGAAAAUAGGUUAGGAGAAUUAUAAAGGAAAGGGACGGAAAGAGGAGUGUUUCCACCAAAUGUCAGACCACAGUCUGAAGCAGCUGAUGUAAAAAAAAUAGGCUACCUCAUGUUCAACAGUGUUCUAGACCAUGGCUAAGUCUAUGGUGAUCCUCAGCCUGUAAAGCCUCGUUUUCACUAGGAUAAAAAGGUGUGUUCCGAAUUUGAGUUAGCAAACACAAGGUAAAACCCUAGUGAAGACAAGGCAGUUUGUUGUUUGCACACAUUAGCUGGUUGAGGUUAAGACUACAGGGGUGGCUAGGGUUUAUGUUGAUCUGCUAACUCGUGAUACCUACAGGUGCCUUGUCUUUACUAGCAUUUUGCCUUGUGAUAGUUAAUUCAAGUUAAGAACAUACCUUUUUUCCUAUUGAAGGCAAUGCCUAACUGACCAAUUACGGGGUAUCAGAAUUAUGCAGCAAUCUUUUUCUCUCCUCUAGAUUUCUACAAUACAUUCUUAGCUGCUCUUGACUUCCCUGCUAUUGUUAUACUUGUUCAGAAGUCUGAUUCUAAACUCUUUGAGAUGGAGCCUCAGAUGGCAUAACUUGUCCUACCUCCAUGGAAGUUAAUGAGCUAUGGCAAUUUAAGACCAGCUGAGGCUCUGCCUCAGUGUUUCUACUGUUUCCUUGCUCUCUCCAUAGCCUCAGUGACUGGCAUUGUCUUGGUACCUCCUUUUUCUCUUUCCCCACAGAGAAAUAAGUUCUACAUCUCUGUUUGUUACAAGUUGCUUCCAAAAAUUCACUUUUCACAGCAGUAGUGUCUGCUUCCCAACAGUGAUGAUAGUGAAGUAAAAGUUAGAUUACUGAGAGCUAGACAGACAUUGUGCAUGAUAAAUCUGAACCAGCACUUAGAUACUGUGCUGAUAGGCCACUGUAGAAAAGUCUAGGGUAGAUGAUUGGAAAUAUGGACUUGAGCCUUGUUCGGAAUAUUUAUUGUAAAAUCUGUGGUUGCUUGCCUACUUUUUUUAAAAAAUUAACUUAAUUCUGCUUUGAUCAACUGUUCCGUGAGUACUAAGCCUUAUUUUUAAUUGAGGACAACUGCCUUCUGUAGCUAGACCAGGUACUGCAGCAGCAUCUGAACACCAGAAUGGCAUUGUGAGAAAUGCUGGGUUUGGCUUACUUGUCAGCAUCACUUUGCAGAACAAACACUUCUCUUUGCACUUUUUAUAUUGAAGAAUCAGCCAGGUACCCAAUAGAGCAAUGUUUCUACCCAUUUUCUUCUUUGCUUACUCUCUACAGUUCUCUCUGUGUAUAAUAUUUAAUAUCUCCUAAAUUAAGGUAAGUUUUCUAAUUAUUACAGUUUAAGCCACUAAGAAUUCAUGUGUACAGACUUUCAGGAGAGGGAUGUUUCAUGUAUCCGAGCCACUUGUUCAUAUGUACGUCCUUAAAACCUUCCUUAACUAGUUUACACUGUUUGUACAGCAGUAUGUAUUAUAUCUGAUUCUUCAUCUCUCCCAUCUUCUAAAGUCCUGAACCGUUAUCACUUUUCUAAUAAGAUAUCCAGACAGUAAGUAAUUGCUGAACGCUGGCUACAAUGCACCUAUAUCACAUGGACCAAGCAAAAUAUCAGUUCUGUUUUCAUGCAGUAUUCUAGAUAGCCCAAUUGACUAUUAAGGAUGAAAGGGGAUUAUAAUAUUACUUUAACAUAAAUGGUACAAAUUCAAUAUUAAAACCCAGGUUUUGAUAAAUUAUAUUGUAUAGUCAUACUGAGGACUUCCAACGCUGUCCGUAGUGUGUUCUAUAUGUUGUAAUAUACCACACUCAAAUAAAUAUAGAUAGCUUUAUUAGCUGUUGUGCUGAUAUUUUAAUGUACCAUUGCCUUAAUAUUAUUGUUAUUUUCCUGGUUCCACAUCUUAAAUUAUACUUGCUCUUCUACUCACUCACCCAAUAUCUCUGUGUUUACAAGCUAAUGGAGACCAAGUCUUCAGUGUAUUGUUCAGUUACCUAUUUUAUAUUUUUUUUAAAAAAUAGAAUAUAUCAGCUUGUGUAGACUUAAACAUUGGACUAAAAGUGAAUUUGCACUGUAGUAAUGGAUACAUAAACAGAGAAUAGUGCAUAGAAAAACUGUUUUCUUUUCAUUCUAUAGAGGAAUAUUUAUAAGGAGAACACUAAAAAUAUAUAUUUGAAAAAUCAAUGGCUCCUCCACUUGUCUCCCAGUUUCUAAGUUCAGGAUUGUCUUUGUCCUGUCCCACGUGAUGGUGCUCAGAUUAACCUGAGUUUAUCAGAUGGCUGAGUUUAUCAGAGAGAAUUUGAAGACCUGCUGAGCACCCAAACCUCUAAUUUGAAGUCUGCAUGAAAAUCAGGCCUGAGCCCUGGUUACAGUAACAUCCUGGAUUAAAACAUCAGACAUUGCUUUGGGCCCAGUCCUGAGAGGAGUUGAAUGCCCUCACCUCCCACUGAAGUCAAUAUGAAUUAGCAUUUUUCAGGAUUAUGGCCUUUAGUUUUGGCUGUACCCCGUGUAACUAAGGGCAUGAGUAUGCAGUAAUAACCAUAACUGUACUGUCACUCACAGAUAAAACAGCAUUGCCCUCCUUUCCUUACUAUGUUCUGCGAGCCUGUAGCUUCACAUGACUUGUAUGGGAUGUGGCAUUCAGUGCAAGGGAACCACCAGGGGGUGUUAUAGGCAACACUCAUAUUUGAGCAAAACUAUUUCCUGAUCUUUUUUCCAAAUACUAAUUCAAUGCCUGUGUAUAUUUUGGAGGUUUCAGUGCAAACUCCAGUCACUGAUUUACUAGUACAUUUCUUUCCAUAUGUAUUUGUAACUUUGAAGUCUAUACCUAUUCCUAUAUGUUCUGUUGGGGUGAAAUUCACUCCUGUGCAGAAGGGCCAGUACAAGGCAUAAGCAACUCUUAGUUAAGCUCUAACUAGAAGACUUACGUGUUGCAUAGUCCUCGUCCUGGCUCCUGCAUGAUUUGGAAUCUUAAAUAUAAUUCUCCUAGUACAACAGCCUUGAGUUUCCCCUUGAUACUGAAAGUAGAAUGUAAGAAUGUACUUCAUUAUAAUGGUUGCACAUGUUACAGGACUUGCCUCUUUGGGAGAAGAUCUAUAUUUUUAAUGCAUGCCUGGCCCCUUGGGAAUCUGAAGAGGAGGGAAGCAAUAGUCUGACUAAAGAAUAAAUAUUUUAUUAUAAAUCAAUUGACAUAAUAUGGAUAUUUUAUUAUUGGUGCACCCGUGCUGUUUUUAACCUCUGAAGCUAUGUUUUUAUUAGGAGAAAUACUCAGAUUUUUAUUGAGAACCUGGCAAGAAUACAAACUCUAUCAGAAUGCAUGAAAUAUAUUUGUCAUUCUGAUUGGCGAAUAAAACUUUGCAAAAUAUUAAUGUGUGUAAUCUCCUUAUUUCCCUGUGCAUUUGUAUGGAUAGAGAGGGAAGGAUGGUCCAGUGGUUAACUGGGAUGCUGGAGACUCAGUUUUUAGCUCUGCCACAGGCUUUCUGUGAAGCCUUCGGCAAGUCACUUAUCCUCACUGUGCCACAGUUCCACAUCUGUAGAUAAUAACACUUCUGUACGUCACAGCAGUGCUGCAAGGCUAAAUAAAUUAAAGAUUGUGAGGCAUUCAGAUAUUACAGUAAUGAGGGCCAUAUAAAUACCUCAGAGAGGAUUUAAGAAAUUUUCUACUGUGCUGCUGCCAUAUUAGAAAUGCUAUCACAUGUUCUUCCUCUGCACUCGGUC